UUGUCUUUCUAAUGACCCGGUUCCUGUUGGGAUCUGUUUACAAGACUCUGGAAGCCAAUCGCAUCAUUCCGGUUCCACACUGGCACUGCACGAAGUAUAUUACCUUCCGGACACCAGAAGCGGGAGAGGUUGCCCUGGGAGGCAGAGCAGACAAGGACAUUAAGAACUGGAUUAUACAACUCCAUCUGGUCCUUCUUCACUACUUCUCUGAGUUUGGUGGUUCUGUCAUCCUGAGACACACUGAUAUUCCCCAGAUUGGUCGGUCUCCCGCUAGAACUGAUGUCUUCCAGGCGCCCAGCCUCUCCGUAUGGGGAAGCAGAUGGAGAGGUAGCCAUGGUGACGAGCAGACAGAAAGUAGAGGAAGAGGAAAGUGAUGGGCCCCCAGCCUUUCACCUUUCUUUACAUGUGAGUUUUCCCACCCAGCCUCACUCCGAGGAAUUCCAGCCAGUCCCUCUGCUGACCCACGAGACGGGCGGCCCCCGAACACCCACUCCUCAGCACAGUAGCAUGGAAGUUGAUGGCAAUAAAGUUAUGUCUUCAUUUACGGCACACAACUCAUCUACCUCACCCCAGAAGGCAGAAGAAGGUGGGCGACAAAGUGGGGAGCCCCUGCCUAGUGCUGCCCUGGGGACCCCUGAACGGCGCAAGGGUAGCUUAGCGGAUGUGGUAGACACAUUGAAGCAGAGGAAAAUGGAAGAGCUCAUCAAAAACGAGCCAGAAGAGACACCUAGUAUCGAAAAGCUACUCUCAAAGGACUGGAAAGACAAGCUUCUUGCAAUGGGAUCAGGGAACUUUGGAGAAAUCAAAGGGACUCCGGAAAGCCUGGCGGAGAAGGAGCGGCAGCUCAUGGGUAUGAUCAACCAGCUGACCAGCCUGCGCGAGCAGCUGCUGGCCGCCCACGACGAGCAGAAGAAGCUCGCUGCGUCCCAGAUUGAGAAGCAGCGCCAGCAGAUGGAGCUUGCCAAGCAGCAGCAAGAACAGAUUGCCAGACAGCAGCAACAACUUCUGCAGCAGCAACACAAAAUCAAUUUGCUCCAGCAACAGAUUCAGGUUCAAGGUCAAUUGCCGCCCUUAAUGAUCCCCGUGUUCCCUCCGGAUCAAAGGACUCUGGCUGCAGCCGCCCAGCAAGGAUUCCUCCUCCCUCCGGGCUUCAGCUACAAGGCCGGAUGCAUAUCCAAGCUUCCAGCCCGGAUCUGCUCUGAAACCAAGAAUGAUCUUCUCACAGACAAACAGUUGUAUGCUGCCCAGCUAGCCGCCAUGCAAGUGUCACCUGCAGGGAAGCUGCCCGGCUUAGCCCAGGCCAACCUCGGUGCUUCUGUAUCUCCUACCAGCAUUCACACCGACAAGAGCACAAGCACCCCGCCGCCCAAAAGCAAGGAUGAAGUAGCACAGCCACUGAACCUAUCCGCCAAACCCAAGACCUCCGAUGGCAAGUCGCCCACCUCGCCCACCUCCCCACACAUGCCAGCGCUGAGACUAAACAGCGGGGCAGGCCCCCUCAAAGCCUCGGUCCCCGCUCCCCUGGCCAGCCCUUCAGCCAGAGUUAGCACAAUAGGUUAUUUAAACGACCACGACGUCGUCACCAAGGCCAUCCAAGAAGCGCGGCAAAUGAAGGAGCAGCUUCGGCGCGAGCAGCAGGCGCUGGACGGGAAGGUGGCCGUGGUCAAUAACCUAGGCCUCAACAACUGCCGGACGGAGAAGGAGAAAACCACGCUGGAGAGCCUCACCCAGCAGCUGGCAGCCAAACAGAGCGAAGAAGGGAAAUUUAGCCAUACAAUCAUGGAUUUCAAUAUGAGCGGAGAUUCCGAUGGGAGUGCGGGAGUCUCAGAGUCAAGAAUUUACCGGGAGUCGAGGGGUCGUGGCAGCAACGAACCCCACAUCAAGCGUCCCAUGAAUGCCUUCAUGGUGUGGGCAAAAGAUGAGCGCAGGAAGAUCCUGCAGGCCUUUCCUGACAUGCACAACUCCAACAUCAGCAAGAUCCUAGGUAAGCUUCCAUACAUCGCCUGCACCUCCAGCUCAUCUGAUGGAGAUUUUUCCACUUCCUAUUGUCAGAAUCAAAGCUUUGAAAAGUUCCCUUCGUGUUUCAGAUACAUCCAGAUUCGUCAGCUUAUAUUGCACACUUUAAGAGAGCAUCGGACAUUCGACACUUUCCAAGGUUGGCAAAAUGAGACCACCCCACAGUUCAGGCAGAAGAGAGUUGUUUGGGAGAAGCACACGGCCGACCUGUACCAGAUGAAACUUCCAGUGAUCCUGACAACCGAGCAUCAGGAGUCAGUUCUCCGGCUCAGCUUCCCCAAACACACCGUUGUUUAUUCAACUUCAAAUGAGACCAGCCAGAUGAAUCCGAAGUGGAAUCCUCCCACAGAAUCUAGGCCCUUGUUUGGCGUGCUACAAGCCAAUGUUGAACGCAACGAAAUUCCUUAUAUGGAAGCAAUCUCUCCCAGUGGCUACCUCCCUCCAAAGCUGCAAGCCAAGUUAGCAUUCUGGCUCUGUUGUCCUCGAAUCUCUAACUUUGACUCCAGGUACCAUGGCCUCUCAGAACCUCAAAAUUAA